AUGGCAGACCUACGCAUUCUUCUCAUUGGCAACGGCGGCCGCGAGCAUGCCCUUGCCUGGAAGCUCAGCCAAUCCCCCCGCGUCGAGGCCAUCUACGCUGUCCCCGGCAAUGGAGGCACUGCGACCUGCCCCAAGGUGUCCAACAUCUCUUCGGUCUCGGCCAGCGACUUCCCUGGCCUCGUCAGCUUCGCCCAGUCCAACGGUGUGAAUCUCGUCGUGCCCGGCCCCGAGGCUCCUCUUGUCGACGGCGUCGAGGGUUUCUUCCGCAACGCUGGUAUUCCCUGCUUCGGCCCCUCCAAAGAAGCCGCUCGUCUUGAGGGCAGCAAAACCUACUCGAAAGAUUUCAUGAAGAAGUACAACAUCCCGACCGCCGCAUACGAGAACUUUUCCGACUACGAGCAAGCCGUUGCUUAUAUCGAUUCCAUCAACCACGAUGUUGUCAUCAAGGCUACGGGACUGGCUGCUGGCAAGGGCGUCAUUCUCCCCGAGAACAAGGACGAGGCCAAGGCUGCCCUGAAGGAAAUCAUGGUGGACCGUGCGUUUGGCGAUGCUGGUUCAGAGGUUGUUAUCGAGGAGCUUCUUCUCGGUGAUGAGCUGAGCGUCCUGACCUUUUGCGACGGUUAUGCAAUGCGUUCCCUUCCCAUGGCCCAGGACCACAAGCGCAUCUUCGAGGGCGACCAGGGUCCCAACACUGGUGGUAUGGGCUGCUACGCCCCCACCAACAUCGCUAGCAAGGAGCUUACCGAGCUGGUUGACAAGACUAUCUUGGAGCCCACAUUUGCUGGUAUGCGCCGGGAGCAGCAGCCGUUCCGCGGUGUCCUGUUCACUGGCCUUAUGAUCACGGCGAACGGACCCAAAGUGCUGGAGUACAAUGUCCGAUUCGGUGACCCCGAGACACAGACAGUGCUGCCUCUCCUAUCCGCCGACACUGACCUGGCGGAGAUCAUGCUCGCUUGCGCCAAUGGCUACCUGGAUAACUGCAACCUCACUAUUGAGAACAAGUUCAGUGCUACUGUCGUUUUGGCUGCAGGUGGCUACCCCGGCUCCUACGCCAAGGGAACACCCAUGAAUCUCCAGCAGCCUCCUACUGGAAGCACAAUCUUCCAUGCCGGUACCGCCCUGGACGGCGACCAGCUCAAGACAUCCGGAGGACGAGUCAUCGCCAUCAACUCUGUUGGUGAUUCACUGCGUGCUGCCGUUGAUGCCGCCUAUGCUGCCCUCACAGCCAAGACAAUUGAGUUUGACGGCAUGUUCUACCGUAAGGAUAUUGCCCACCGUGCAUUCCGAGCUUCCAACACAACCAAGGAAAGCAUGACAUACGCUCAAGCUGGUGUUGACAUCCAGGCUGGCAACGACUUUGUUGAGAGAAUCAAGAAGGCUGUUGCCAGCACCGCCCGCCCUGGUGCUGACGCGGAGCUUGGUGGUUUCGGUGGUGAGGUCGACCUUUCUAAGGCCGGCUUUGGCCCCGAUGCCCCCAUCCUGGUCGGUGCCAUUGAUGGUGUUGGCACCAAGCUUAUGAUUGCCCAGGCCCUGAAGAAGCAUGAUACUGUUGGUAUCGACCUCGUCGCCAUGAACGUCAACGACUUGAUUGUCCAGGGUGCCACUCCUCUCAUGUUCCUUGAUUACUACGGCUGCAGCAAGCUCGAUCCCGCCACUGGUUCUGCCUUUGUCGAGGGUGUUGCUGAUGGCUGCCGUCAAGCAGGAUGUGCCCUCGUCGGCGGCGAGACGGCCGAGAUGCCUGGCAUGUACCAGGCAGAUGACUAUGAUGCCGCCGGAUGCGCCGUCGGUACCGUCACCGCCAGCACCAGACUGCCCCGUCUUGACUCCAUGGCCGAGGGCGACGUCAUUCUCGGUCUCGGAUCGUCCGGCGUCCACUCCAAUGGAUUCUCCCUCGUCCGCAGAAUCGUCCAGGCCGCAGGACUCUCCUACGCCUCCGAAGCCCCAUGGGACCCGAGCACGACCGUCGGCGCCUCCCUCCUCACACCUACCCGUAUCUACGUGCGCAGCCUACUGGAGAUCAUCGGACAGGUCAAGGGACUGGCACACAUCACCGGCGGCGGUCUCGUAGAGAACGUACCGCGCACGCUCCCUGCUUCGCUCGCCGCCGAGAUUGACUUUGGAACGUGGGAGAUCCCCCCCGUGUUCAAGUGGCUCAAGACGGCAGGCAACGUCGCCCCCUCUGAGAUGGUCCGCACAUUCAACUCGGGUAUUGGCAUGAUCAUCGUCGUCGAUGCUGGCAGCGCUGCCGCCGUCACUGGCUCUCUGGCUGCCUCGGGCGAGAAGGUCUUCCAGGUUGGUCGCCUGGUGCGAAGGGAAGCCGGCGGUGAGGGAUGUGUUGUCAAGGGACUCGAGUCAUGGAGCCAAUAG